UCUUUUAGCUCAUAAGUCUUUUGUUUUUUGUUUACUGUAUAUAGUGUACAGGGCACCUGUGCAUCAGCUAUUUAACUCUGAUCACUUGUUUCUGAUUGCAUCCACUGGCAUCCUGUAACCUGUCCCACUCUGCACUGUUCCUGUCGGCCUGGGACACUGUCUCUUUCUGCUGCCUGUUGUUGCCAUGACAACCGAAGUCAGUGUAGCAGGUGAGGCGGACAACCAGCAGAAGGCCAGCCAGCCUGAGCCUGAGCCGGAGCAGCUGGAACGGCCGCCACCUUCAGCCCAGGAGCCUGGGGCCCCCUUGGAGGAGCCAGCCCCGAAGCCCCGCUCUUCCAGUUCGGCAGGCCGUGGCUUCUCACGGCUCUUCUCUUCCUUUCUGAAGCGUCAGUCACAGUGCUCUGAGGGCGAGGCCACUGAGACAGAGAAGGCUGAAAGAAAGGAAGACCAGGUGCAAGAGGACAGACAGAACCUAGAGGAGCCCAUCAAGGCCCCCAUUGCUGACCCUGAGCCUGAGCUGCGCACGGAGGGAGACACUGCUCACGAUCUGCAGUCACUUAGCAGUGCAGAUACCCAGCCUGCUCAAGAGGACAGAGUGGGUGCUGACACGGAGAAGGACUUGGAAGAGGAGGGAGAUAAAGGAGAGGACAGAAACAAGCAAGAGGAGGACCAGGGCAAGAGGGAGGAAGACAGGGCAAACAAGUUGAAGCCAGAGACAAAAGCCCCAGAGAAGCCCAGGGCGCCCAAAGCCCCACGCCGGUCCCGCAUCAUGUGGUGCCAAGUCACGCUGCUGGAUGACACACUAUAUGAAUGCGAGCUAGACAAACAUGCCAAGGGCCAGGAGCUCUUCACCAAGGUCUGUGACCAUCUCAACCUACUGGAGAGGGACUACUAUGGCCUGGCCAUCUGGGAGACACCCAACACAAAGACUUGGCUAGACUUUACCAAGGAGAUUCGCAGACAGGUGCAAGGUUCAAAAUAUGACUUCACCUUCAAUGUGAAGUUCUACCCACCUGAUCCAGCUCAGCUGACAGAAGACAUCACAAGGUACUACCUGUGUCUACAGCUGCGCAAGGACAUCCUAAGCGGUAGCCUUCCUUGCUCUUUCGUCACACUGGCCCUGCUGGGCUCCUACGCUGUACAGUCAGAGCUGGGUGACUAUGAUCAGGACAUCCAUGGUUCCAGCUAUGUGAAGGAGUUGCACUUUGCUCCAAGCCAGACCAAGGAGCUGGAGGAAAAGGUGAUGGAGUUACACCACACUUACAGAUUCAUGACUCCAGCCCAGGCAGAUAUGAUGUUCUUGGAGAAUGCAAAGAAACUCUCUAUGUAUGGAGUUGAUCUUCACCAAGCCAAAGAUCUAGAGGGUGUGGAUAUCAUGUUGGGAGUUUGCUCCAGUGGGCUGAUGGUGUAUAAGGACAAGCUGCGGAUCAAUCGCUUCCCAUGGCCCAAGGUGCUCAAGAUCUCGUACAAGCGCAGCAGCUUCUUCAUCAAAAUCCGCCCAUCAGAGCAAGAACAAUACGAAAGCACCAUUGGCUUCAAGCUGCCCAAUUACAGAGCUUCCAAGAAGCUGUGGAAAGUGUGUGUGGAGCACCACACCUUCUUCAGGCUGACCUCAGUGGAAGCCACUACUCCCAGGAAAUUCCUGGCCUUGGGCUCGAAGUUUCGCUACAGUGGUCGCACUCAGGCACAGACCCGCCAGGCCAGCUCCAUGAUCGACAGGCCUGCCCCUCAUUUCCAGCGUUCGGCCAGCAAGAGGGCAUCUCGGAGCCUAGAUGGAGCUGGAGGUAAGUCUCACCAGGCCACGUCAUUGCAUCCUAUCCAAGAGAGGACGGAAGAAGAUGAUUGGUUCUCUUUGGACUCCAUCCAUUUGCCGCUCACUCCUUUUUUGUCAGAACACACAGAUAUGUGCAUUCCCUCGACAAGUGUUGCAGAGACAGUUGAACAGAGGACUCAGAAAUCUCAGAAGACAAUGGAGAAAAUGACACAACAGGAGGAGGCAAUGCUGAAACACAAAAUACAGCAGGUUGACACACUGCAGGAGAGGCUGCAACUGAGAAAAAGAGAGGAGGAAGACGAUUGGUCUGGUCUGUUGAAAUAUAUCUGUUUGGGACCUGCUACUGUAAUUCCAGAACAUUCAGAUGAAAGCAUUACCUUAACAAGCAUAGCAGAGACAGUUCAACAGAAGACUCUGGAAUGGGAGACAGUAGAGCAGGAGACAUCACAACAACAGAAGGAAGAGUUGUUAGAAGACAAAGUGCAGCAAGUUGAAACACUGCAGGAGAGGUUACAGCUGACAAAAAGAGUGGAGGAGGACGAUUGGUUUGUUCUACCGCAAUAUAUCCAUCCAGGACCUCCUGUUGUAACUCCAGUGGAGACAGAUGAACAGCAGAUUCAGGAAUGGGGGAUGAAGAUGGAGGACAUGACACAACAACAGAAGGAAGAGAUGUUAGAUGACAAGGAGGGGCUGCAACAGCCAAAAAGGGUUGAAGAAGACGAUUGGUUUCCUUUGCUGGAAUAUAACCAUUUGGGACCUCCUACUAUAGCUCCAGUCAUGGCAUUCCAGCACCCUCCAGAAUAUCCAGAAAUAAGCAUUACCUCAAGAAGUGUAGCACAAACAGCUGAAGAUGAGUUUCAAGAAUGGGAGAUGAAGAUAGAGGAGCUGGCACAACAACAAAAGGAAGAGAUGUUGGAGGACACUGUGCAGCAGGUUGAAACUGUGCUGGAGAGGCUGCAGCUGACGGAAAGGGUGGAGGAGGAUGAUUGGUUUGUUCAACUGGAAUAUAUUAGUUCAGGACCGUCUGUUGUAACUCCAGUCACAGCAUUCCAGCAUGUUCUAGAGUAUCCCGAGGCAGACAUUAGCUCUACAAGUUUAGCACAGACAUUGGAACAGAAGACCCAUGAAAGGGAGGCAAUAGUGGAGGAGGUGACACACCAACAAAAGGAAGAGAUGUUAGAUGACAAACUGCAGUUGGUUGAAAUGCUGCAGGAGAGACUGCGACUGGCAAAACGAGAGGAGAAAGAUGACUGGUUUAUUCUCCUGAAAUAUAUCCAUCCUCCACCUGUAACUCCAGCCAUGCCAUUUCAGCAUGUUCCUGAACAUCCAGAUGUAAGUAUUACCUCGAGCAGUGUGACAGAGACAGCCGAACAGAAGACUGAGGAAUUGAUUACGGUAGAGGAGGCGACAUCACAACAACAGAUGGAAGAACUGUUAGAGGACAAAGUGCAGCAAGGAGAAACACUCCCGAAGGGGCUGUGGCUGGCAAAAAGAAAGGAGAAAGAUGAUUGGUUUUUUCUAUUCAAAUGCACUCGUUCAGAACGCCAUUUUGUAAUUCCAGAACAUCCAGACGUAAGCAUUACGUUGACAAGCAUAGCAGAGACAGUUGAACAGAAGACUCCGGAAUGGGUGACAAUAGAGCAGGAGAUAUCACAACAACGGAAGGAAGAGCUUUUGGAGGACAAAGUGCAGCAGGUUGAAACCCUGCCGGAAAGGUUGCAACUGGUAAAAAGAGUGGAGGAGGACGAUUGGUUUGUUCUACUGGAAUAUAUCUUCCUAGGACCUCCUGUUGUAAUUCCAGAAUAUUCAGGUGUGGAUAUUAUCACAUCAAGUGUAGUAGACACAGUUGAACAGAAGACUCAGGAAGAGGUGUCAGCAGUGGAGGAGACAACAAAACAACAGAAGGAAGAGAUACUGGAGGAGAAAGUGCAGCAGGCUGAAACGGUGCCAGAGAGGUUGCAACUUGUAAAAAGGGUGGAGGAAGAUGAUUGGUUUGUUCUACUCGAAUAUAUCCGUUCAGGACCUCCUAUUGUAACUCCAGCAAUGCCAUACCAGCGUGUUCCAGAAUAUCCAGCGGUAGAAGUGACCGCUACAGUUGUAGAAGACAAAAAACAGAAGACUCUGGAAGAUCUUACAAUAGUGGAGACGACACAACAGCAGGAAGAGAUAUUAGAGGACAAAUUACUGCAGGUUGAAACACUCCAGGAGAGGCUGCCACUGGCAAAAAGAGAGGAGGAAGAUGAUUGGUUUGUUAUGCUGGAAUAUAUUACUUCAGGACGUCCUGUUUUAACUCCAGUCAAGCCAUUCCUGCAUGUUCCAGAACAUCCAGAUGUUAGUGUUCCUCCGGUGAGUGUAUUGGAGACGGUCGGAAAGAGGAUUCAAAAAUCGGUGACAGUCCUGGAGGAGGCAGUACAACCACAGAAGGAAAUGUUAGAGGAAGUGUUGCCGCUUUAUAAAACACGUUGGGAGAAGCUGCAACCAAAACAGAGGGAAGAAGAAGAUGAUUGGUUUGUCUUACUGCAUCGAAUGCCCCCUGUGUUUGCAGUAAAACCUUCAGCUGUUGUGACCCCGGGGAAGACCUCCCGGCCUGUCAGCGCUCCAGUAAUCUCACCUGUAGCCCUGAUAGAAGCUGGUCUGCCCACUAUGGUUGUCCCAUCCCCUGCUGCCAUUGCUGUUGCCCCUGAUGAAGGCUUCACUCCCAUCAGUCUCAAAGCCCGAAAAGAAACCAGGAAAGUGGAGGUGAAGACAGAGGAACAAGUGGCAGAACCUGUUGUGGAGGUUAAGAUGGCAGCGCAGAGAGAGUGGACGGAAACCCUGGCGGUGAUGGCCACCAAUGGGGAAAGAUGGCCUCAGUCGCCUAGGGUGGACAUGGAGCAGGUGCAAAUGCGCAAGAAAAGAGCUAAGAGAAUUGAGGGUGAAACUAUCUAUAUCAGGCAUAGCAAUUUAAUGUUGGAGGACUUGGACAAGACCCAAGAAGGGAUCUUGCGGCACCACGCCAGCAUCAGCGAGCUCAAGCGUACCUUCAUGGAGGCGGUGCCUGAACCACGGCCCAGCGAAUGGGACAAGCGACUGUCCACGCACUCGCCCUUUCGCUCCAUCAGCAUCAACGGCCAGUUACAGCCUAGUGAUGAGAGUUUCUGCUGUCCCCAUACAAGGGAUAGUUCACAUUGUAGUACACCGAGGACUGAUCCUAACCUCAGUAAUACCCAGGGGGGGAUGAUGGACACUUCAGGUCCUAAACAGAAAGUCGUGGGGUCAGGGCACGCGUCAAAAGAAGAGGACAGUCAAGGCAGAGUGGAUUGCAGGCCAUGUACUCAAGGGGAGCAGACUCCAAUGUCCACACACCGGGCUCAUGUUCAGAGGUUGCUUUCUGCCGCUGAAGAGGAUGGACCUCUGGAAGCAGAACCCACAUGUGGUGCUGCUACAGCAGCACCUCCUACCUCCUAUUUCAAGAAUGAGGGUCUGUACCUCAUUCGCUGCUUCCAGCCUCCUCUGGUGAAGACACACACAGUCACCAUCCCUGAUGCCUUCAGCCCUCUUCAUGCUGACAUCUCCACCAAGGAUGUCCCUGUGAUCCAGACGGAGACCAAGACCAUUACAUAUGAGUCGCCGCAGAAGCUGAUGGAGAGUGAGGAGAACAAGGAUCCGGAAGUACUGCUCAGUGCUCAGACUAUUACCUCGGAGACAGUGAGCACCACUACCACCACCCAGAUCACUAAGAUGAUGAAAGGAGGAAUCUCUGAGACUCGCAUUGAGAAAAGGAUCAUCAUCACUGGGGAUGCUGAAAUUGACCACAACCAGGCUCUUGCCCAGGCCAUAAAGGAGGCAAAGGAGCAACACCCUGACAUGUCGGUCACCAAGGUUGUGGUCCACCAGGAGACAGAAAUCACCCCAGAGUAAGGCAUAGGCGUCAGGGGAGGUGGUGCCGGAGCAGCAGGAACGUGAGCAGAUGGCUCCCCAGUGCUGCCCUCCACACUUCGUGACCUACCCUAACCCCAGUCUCCAGUCCACAUCUCUGCAUAGCCCUUAGCGGGGAUCAUCAGCAGGCACGUUAACUGCUGCCAGCAGCUCUCUGACACAAGUAGAGCCCUAGUACCUCCAUGUCUGCCAUCUCCCAUAAUACCCUGCUCGUCCUUUACCUUGGCAUGUGGACCAGGUCUCUACGUGUGGAAUUGACACGAACUGAUCAUCACUUUUUGCAGCAAGCAAUAUAUUUUAUUUACUGGACAUUCAGAAAGUUUGUCAGUAGUUUUAGAGGUAAAAGUCGUCGUCGUCCCCCCCC